GCCAAUAGAAAUGUUACAGGAUGUUCUUAGGAGCCAAUGACGAAUUCCGUGUCGUCACUUCCUUCCCCUAGUUUCGAUGCGGGAAUCGUUGCAGGCUAGGUAGCCAGCUAGCUGCUAAUGCGACCUGCGAGUCAUUUAGUUCGCUGCGCAGGAGAUUGCGCUUCGGUUAGCUAGCGGCUAGCAGGUUGUUUCAGUUUAUCACUAUGGCAAGUGCAACAAACACAAACCUGAACGCGGUCCGGGAAACAAUGGAUGUCCUGCUUGAGAUCUCAAGGUUGUUGAACACCGGUUUGGACAUGGAGUCCCUGUCCAUCUGUGUGAGACUAUGUGAGCAAGGCAUCAACCCAGAAGCCCUGUCUGCAGUCAUCAAGGAGCUGCGUAAGGCUUCAGAGACCCUCAAGGUUUCUGAGAACUGCACAAACCUAGGAUGAAAAUAAAGAUAUCAUCACCUGAAGUUGGGAUCAUGAACAGUUCCUGAGUCUGCUCCAGCUGAUGGCUUUCCAGCUAAGUCCGAUUUUCUUCUGGCACGUUGUCUCCUCCUCCUCAGCGGCUGUCCGAUUCUGCACUUUGACGUUUGGGUUUUCAUAUAGAGAUAACAACAUCUGUCUCCUGGGUUUUUGGACGUCUACUGGAAUGAGAUCAUUCGUCCCUCAGUUUGUGAUAUGUGGGAUUAAGUUGGCAGCAACACUCUGGCCUUAAUUUAAGAGAAAAGUUCUGUUUCCCAUCAACUUAUGCAUUUUUCAUAUGCAUAUUUUUACUGGGUUUUUUUUUUCAGAUAUGUAUGAAUUUUCAUCUAUUCUUAGAUGUUUUAGUUGUGUAUUUUUUCACUCAAUUAAUAUCCUUUGGACAUUGUCAAUCAUUCUUGUAAUGCUUAUGAAUAAAAUACAAUAAAAUUAAAUUAAAUAUGUAAUAUUUGUGACCACUA